AUGGAACUACUGAAGGCACCGCCACACUUGCAACUUACCGGCAAUCUCUCUGAGCAAUGGAAGCGCUCCAAACAGAAGUUUGACUUGUUCAUAGUACCAACCACGACGAAGGAGCAACCCUGCACAGAAGCUGCAAAAGCGGCACUCCUUCUGAGUGUGGCUGAUGACGAAGCACUUGACGUGUUCAACACGUUCAAGUUUGAAGCACAAGAAUCCAAGGAAGACUACGCAACAAUCGUUGAAAAGUUCGAGUCUUACUGCUCUGAGGUAAGCAACGAAGUGCAUGAGCGAUAUCUGUUUCGCUCGAGGAAGCAGGUAGAUGGGGAACCGUUCGAUAAAUUUCUUCGCGACCUAAAAAAGCAAGCUGGGCAGUGCAAUUUCGGAGAACAGCGUGAUUCAAUGAUCCGGGAUCAAAUAGUGUUCGGCACGAAUAACUCAAAGUUGCGCGCAAAAAUGCUUCGCGAACAGCAGUUGACUCUAGUGAAGGCGGAAGAAUUUUGCAAGGUCGCCGAAUCUGUGGCGCAACGAAACGAGGUCUGGAGAGCCACGGACAGCCACAUUGACGCUAUUGCGGGGCCCGCAACUGCACCGAAAAGCGGAAACGCCCAAGAUGGCAACAAGCAGUACCGCUGCACAAAGUGCGACCGGCGGCACACACCAAGGCAGUGUCCUGCAUACGGAAAGAAAUGCAACGUAUGCCACUUGCCCAAUCAUUUUGCGGUUUGCUGUCGAGAAACGUCCAAAAUUGCCGAAGUCAGCAAAGACGACUUUGACGAUAACUUCGACAUCCUAGAAGUUGGUGUUGGGAACAGAAAUUCCAAAGACUGGAUAGUGGAAGCUGAGGUCAAGGGCAAGAAGGUCUCCUUCGAGGUAGACACCGGGUCAAAGGCCAGCUUACUGCCGUUUUCGGCAUACCGGGAAAUGCGUGCGGCGGGACCGUUGACCGCUGCUACUUCGGUACUACGGGCCUACAACGGAGGCGUCAUAACACACUUCGGAGCAACGUCGCAGGAGGUGACGGUAGAAAAUGCUUCCGCCACAGUCCAGUUCUUUGUCGUAAAACACUGCAGUCAAGCCAUACUAGGACUGGAAGCCAGUGAAGCCUUGGGUCUUUUUCAACGCACAGUGGCCACUGUAAGCGCCUCAACAGACUAUGAAGCAGGGACGAAUUUCCAGCACCUCUUCCAGGGAUUAGGCUGCUUGAAGCAACCAUACAGCAUGGUCCUGCAACCAACAGCAGUUCCUGUCGUUCAACCAGCGCGGCGUAUUCCCCUGUCCCUGCGGGGCCCUCUUCAGGAAGAGCUGCGAAGACUGGAGCGAGAGGCCAUCAUCGGAAAAGAGAACGACCCCACGGACUGGGUAUGCCCUUUGGUUACCGUCAAGGAAAAGGACGGCAGAAUUAGAAUUUGCAUGGACCUCCGGAAAAUUAAUGAGAAUAUAAAGAGAACACUUCCAGCUCCCAAGACGCGAGGAUAUGGAAGGGGAAUUGGCCGGCGCAACUGUAUUUAG